AUUUCAUCUGCAGUUCGAGAACAGCUGGCAGAACGAUCAUGGCGUAGGAGAGAAGUAUUGGUUGUAUCUAUUGUGUUUGGAAAGCGAAAGUGUUUUGAUUGGAUUGAUGCUAUUAAGUUUUCUUUCCUAUUGAAACUUUUCUUCGAUUUCCAUAAUCAUUUUAAUAUGAGCAAGUACAUGUAUUCGACAGCGAACCUCACCGACAAAGAAUUGAAAGAUCAAGGCAAUAGACUGUUUAGUUUAAGAAAGUAUGAAGAUGCAGUAUCUUGUUACACGAAAGCCAUAAUAAAAAAUCCAAGUAUGCCAACAUAUUUCACAAACAGAGCACUAUGUCAUCUAAAAAUGAAGCGAUGGGAAGCAUCGUGCCAGGAUUGUCGUCGAGCUUUAGACAUGGAUGCAAAUUUAGUGAAAGGUCAUUUUUUCCUUGGUCAGGCUCUUCUUGAAAUGGAUAAUUACGAUGAAGCCAUUAAGCAUUUACAACGAGCUAAUGAUUUGGCAAAAGAACAAAAGUUGAACUUUGGAGAUGAUAUUGCCAGUCAACUUCGGGCAGCUCGAAAAAAAAGGUGGAAUGUUCAAGAAGAAAAAAGAAUUGCUCAGGAAAUAGAGUUGCAGUCUUAUCUGAAUAGAUUAAUACGUGAAGAUACAGAAAGACAAAUAGUCAAGCUCCGUGAAGAAAGCGGUGGGGAUGAACUUACUCAAGAAAAAAUAAUGGAAUUAGAACAACAGUGUGAUAACAAUACUAGUGAAUUGAAUUCAAUUUUUGCGAAGGUGGACGAUCGGAGAAGGAAACGUGAUGUUCCUGACUAUCUGUGUGGAAAAAUAAGCUUUGAAAUUCUUCGUGAGCCAGUUAUUACUCCAAGUGGGAUAACCUAUGAACGUAAAGAUAUUGAAGAACAUUUGCAGCGAGUCGGACACUUCGAUCCUGUUACUCGGGUGAAGCUUACACAAGAUCAGUUGAUACCAAAUUUUGCCAUGAAGGAGGUUGUCGAUGCGUUUCUUCAAGACAAUGAAUGGGCUUUGGACUACUGACAACUUGGGGGGGCAUUUCAUGUUCUGCAGUUGUUAACAAGGCAUUGGCGCAGUAAAGUAAGUUACAAAACGAAGUGGUUUUGGAUUGUUUAUAGGUUUUUUGUUGAACAGCUAACCUUUGUGAGCUGUAAUGAUCUUAUUCCAUUUUUUUGUGCUAGCACACACUGGAGACAGUUUUCAUUUGUGGAUAGUGUACAUUACCUCUGAGAACGUGUUUUGUAAUAUUUUUUAUGCUGAUACAAAGCACAAUGGCAUUAAGAUAUCAAUAAUGCAUUAAACACAUUUCCUGCCAUUUCAGGUAUUUUUUGUUAUAUUGAGAUGACUGUCAGUAUUUGAUGGACUUCUGAUAAAUAAGAAUUUCUUUAAUGUUACACUCCAUAGCCAUAUCUCAGAUUUGUAGUGGUUUAUGUAUGUCUCGGCAUGCUGUCAUUCCCAUUCUGAAUCUAUACACUUAUUAAAAUUUGUUGCUUGUUAAAUGAUCUGAAAAACCUUCAAGUACUCUUCUUUAUGUGCUGUACACCUUUUCUUUUUAUUGUAUAUUUUUAAUGUAAAUACAUAAUUGUCAUUAUUUUUUUAAAUGACAAAUACUUUUGUGAAACUGUGGAUUCCAUUAUUAGCAAGGUAUGAAAAUGCACCUAUCAUCUUCGCUUGUUUAUAUGAUUGUGACUAAUUGUAUUACUUGUUGAUUUAUGGUCUCCAAUUGUUGAGUGUCAUUGUCAGAGAACUUAUAUUCUGCAAAGGUGCAUAUUUUAUUUAGCUCCAGAGGAGAAACAACUGCCAUUGCAGAUGUAUUUUAUUUUAACUAUAGUUCUGAGAAUGGCAAAACUGUUUUUCUCUGGCAUGUUUGUACUGUAUAUUUUGUAGUAGGGUAGAGGUUAAAGUACCCAUUUUAUAUUGCAGAAUUGGAACCAAAAGUAUGAAUUUGUUUUGUAUUGCUUAAGUAAGAUUAUUGUAGCAAAAUUAUCUACUUAUAUGCAUUUUCAUUGUUGUUAUUGGUGCUUUUAUGCAUGCAUAUCCCUAACAAGAAGACCUGUGUAGAUACUUCAAUUAAUUAAUUUGUACCUGAAUUUUGCAGUAAAAGCAUAAGAAGUUACAUGUGUGCGUUUUGAAAUAACAUUUAUUACCCCCAAAUUUUAAUACCUUGGAAGAUAAUUGUGUUUUAUCCGUUUUUAAUAUCAAAUUACUUCAAGAAUUUCUAGUUUUUAACAAAAAUUUGGUGUAAGAGUAAAUAUUUGUUUUUUUGACCCUGUCAUGGACAUAAUGUUUGUAAUUUCAUUAUUUCAUUUAUAAUUCAUCAUAAAGGCACCCAGAAUACAUAUACAUGGUAUUUUCUGUUAUCUUUCUCGCAUUGUUUUUGGAUCAAAGCAUUAAUUAAUUCCAGAAUGUUAGUAAUUUGUUUUGAUAAUCGUAUUGUUUAUUUAAAACAGCUUUUAUUGAUUUCUUUUACUCUUACAGAAACUUCAGUUUGUACAUUAAAAUCUUUUGUAAAAUAAGUCAUGCGACUACUGUUAAGAAACAUGAAGAGAUAGGAAACUGGUUUACUAUACAAUAUUGUAAUUUUCAAAUUGUGGGAAAAGUUGAACAAAAUUUUUGAUUGAUUCACUUUUAGUAAGUUUGCUGUUCUCCUUUUAAUAAUUGUAAUGGAAUUAAUAAUUUUUUAGUUUUAUUUGGGCACACUUGUGUAAUGUUCAGGAAAGAUGAUAAGUGGAGUUUUGUAUGUAAACUCCCAGUAAAAGUGCUUCAUCUACUGAAUAUUGCAAAAGAAAUCAUAGUAUAUAUAUUCACAUUAUUCAUUUCUACUUCCUAAUGUCAAUCUUAAAUUUGUGAUUAAAAAAAAAAUGUUAUUUAGACAUGACAUGUUAAUUUAUAAGACAUAACAUAUCAAAUCAAAUACGAAAAGUAAAAUUACCUUAGGAAAUUUCAUGACUCCACAGGUUUUGAUGUCACCUAAGAAAACACUUGUAGUAUCACAGAGCAUUCUUAGUUCAAUAUGCUUUCUUUAGAAUUCUGGCAUUAAACGUAAUAAGGCAAUCCUAAAGAGACUGAAUAAAGCUCAAAGAAUGUUCUAGUUUCUCUUCUGGCCUGUUUAAGGUAGAAGGAAAGAUUAGGCAAGAUUGCGCCCCUCCCUCCCCCCUUUGUAAGCCCGUAAACGUUGCCUUACAUUAAACAAAAGCUGAAAAUUUGAGAACUUCUUUUGUAAUGGUGUGUGAGUUUUCCUUUCUUGUUUUUAAAUUGUGCUUUUAAUUUAUUAUAAUUCUUGUGAAAAAGCAAAUUCAAAAAGAAAAAUUAGUAUUGUAUAUAAUGAAGUGAGUUAGCUAUUGUUUUAAGUUAACAGUUUGUAGAAAUGCAUUUAAACAAAUUUUAAUUUCCAUUUUUUUUCAUAAUUUAAUAAAAGUUAUGUAAUAUUUACUGUUUUUGUAAGAUUCUUUUGUGGGUUUGAAAUUUCCAAUUCAAAAAUUAGUUUUUCAAAAUUUUCAGCUCAUUGGUACCGAUUGACCUGUUGAUGCCUUACAUCGAUAUAUUGUUUUCAUGAUAUGUGGGUAGUGUGAAAGCAAAAUUCAACUAGAUGACAGUUUUGAAAGUCUCAGUUGAGAGCUUCAUACUGUGUUCAAAGAACGAUAAAUUUUAAUAGGUGCCAGUAAUGGGAGGAUAUUGAAUGGGGUACACAGGAUAUUUUGAUUUGUAUAGAAAUGAAAGUUAAUAUAUUGUGAAGAAAAGUGAGGAUUUACAUCAGUUUUAAGGUGGUUAGUGCCGUAUAUUUUCUUUUGUCUCUAUCUUUAUACCAGUAGCAAAGAAUCUUUGAUUCAUUUAUUUAAAUGUUAGACUGAGUCUGAAGAGAAAGAUGCAAUUAUUGUGAACAUUUUUUAAAAUAAUUUUAUUAUUGUAUAUAAGAUUGCUUGAGCUUUUAUGUAUUCUGUUGAGCCUGUGAAAAAAGUUUCUCUAGAAUAUUUGAAUCACUAGGCAUUGUUUAAGUGUAGAUUUAUUUUUAUUUUUACGACUCUUUUAUCAUAACACAAAUUGAUUGCAGAUAAUGAUGGUUUUUGUUUCUUGAUGCAAUGAUUUGCUCACUGAACGAUAUUAGUAAGACUGAAUGUAAAGCAAGAUACUGAUUAUUGAAACAUCAUCAUGUACUUGUGUAGGUAUGAGAAUUAUGAAACUAUUUUUUAUUUUUCUUGAUUUUAUGAAAUUCUGUAAGGGUCUGCUUUUAUCAUGAGAUUGUAAGAUAAUAAAGGGAAGAGUUCAUCCUCUUUAGUUAAGUGAUGUUUUGGUUGCUAUAUUAUGUUUUUUCAAAUUUCUUCAUCCUUACUGCUCAUAAAAAAUAUUUUAUAAUAAACAUUGCAAGUGUUCAUUAGUUAUUUGAUUGAAUAUAAAUAGUAUUUUACAAGUCAAAACACUGUGUGUUGUAAUUGAACAUUCAUAUGCUUCAUUUUUUAUGCAAGAAUAAUGAACCUUUUGAUUAAAAUUUGGGUAUGGGAAAUGAGAAUAAUGUGUUUAACAAUUGUAUGGAAGCAAUAAUUGCUCAAUUCUUGUAAGCAGUAUUCUUAAGUGUUACAUUGUAAGUAGAAACUCAAAGCUUAAAACAUGUUAGUAUUUCCAUUUUAAAACUACUGUUUUGUUAAUUACUGAACUUAUAAGAAUGUAUUCAGAAAUCAGGUGCAAAAAAAAUUACAAAGAAAUUGGUGGUCUUUGAGAUGUAAUUUUUGGGAAAUUCAAUUAUUUAUUAAAUAGUAUGAUUUUUCUGUCUUUAGUUAGAAUUUAGGAAACUUUAUUUCUCCAGUGGGUGAACUUGUGCUGUGACACUUAUCAAAGUGAUAAUUUUGUUUCAGAAAUUGAAGCAAAACAUCUUCACAAUCAAUCAUAAUUAAUCAAUGGAUAAUUAAAUAGUUUUUCAGUUUGUUCUUUUCUCUCUGGGGGAAGGCAUGGAAAUGUAGUUGAUAUUUAUACAGUGGUUGUGACAUUCACAAUCUGUUAGAAAAGUUUCUCAAUGUUCUGUGAUAAUACCCAUUCAUUUCUGAAAUCCACAAAUCUUGUUGAUCUGAAUAAAUUAUUUACUGG